AUGGCGAUGGAACCGGAGUCGGAACAAUCUCCCAAGAAUUCCCCAAAUAAACGUCUCAAAACCCUAACUCCAACUCUAGAUGAUUGCGCACCUCAUCAAUCCCCACCCUCUUUGACUUCCAAAGGAAAAUCCAAAAUUGAAGAAGAUGAAAUUGAAUCCACUGAUUGCUGCGGGAUUUGCUUAUCGGAAUCUGGUGGUGAUUGCAAUACCAGUGUCAGCAGAGGAUGCAUUGAUAGCUGCUCCCAUUACUUCUGCUUCGUCUGCAUCAUUGAGUGGGCCAAGGUUGAGUCCAAAUGCCCUCUUUGCAAGCGCCGAUUCUCCACAAUCCGACGCCCUCCCAGGCCCCCCAUCUUCCCCUCCGAACGUGUUGUUCAAGUCCCUGUUCGUGACCAGAUUUUGGAGAGACUGCCAUCAAUGCAACAGGAUGAAAAUUCAGGCAUAGACUUCUCAUUAUCACUUAUGGCGUGUUCGGUCUAUCAUCACUUUGGAAACACGACAGUUGGGCCUUCAGAUCCAUAUUCCCAAGUUAAAUGUAGCGUGUGCAACUGUUCAACAGAUGAAAGUCUCCUCCUCUUGUGUGAUCUCUGUGACUCUGCUUCUCAUACUUACUGUGUUGGUCUAGGGGCAACUGUUCCUGACGGGGAUUGGUUUUGCCAGGAUUGUAAACUUUUGAGGGAUGAACAGGCUGAGAAUGAAAUGAAUACUGAUCCUGGAAAUCAAAUUAGUUCUGGUCCUGUGCUUAAAAUCCAAUCACAGGAUGAACGUGUUUGUAUUUUUGAUAUUGUACGAGAACCUUGUAGUACUGUGAUUCAGAGAACUAGAAAAGUCUCUUCAGAUCCAAGACACUUGCCACCACCUAGUUCUACUGCUGAUGAAAUUAGUAUGAUUGGUAAAAAGCAUAGCCAAAGUUCAAGAAGGCAGGAAAGUUCUGCACAACAGACAACUAAGUCAAAUGCUCGAACUUUACGGCAUUGUCGCAAUGUGCAUGAUCACAUACGUUUAUUGCGUAAAAACUGGAAUAGAUUUCGAAGUGGUGCCUUAACUUUCUCUUCCAGUCGAGGUGAUGGGAGUAUUUCUAGUCUGGAACCUGUAACAAGUAGGAGCUUGAAUCAACCACAUUCAUCAUCUUGUUUGAACCAGCAGUCGUCUGUUGAGAGUGGUUCUGCCGUUGUACAAGUAGAUAACAGCCGGGCAUAUGUGAUUGACAAAGCUUGGGAAAUGAUGGAAAUUGCAAAGACUAUAAGACAGGGUCGUGAAAAGUCGAUUGUGGUAUUUAAGGACUCGAAAUAUCCUAUAAAAAAGCCAGAUGCCCUUAAAAAAGCUGAUUCUAUGAGUUCUAGGCAUCUCCCACCAAAGAGUCAACAAAGUGGAUACAAUGAGUUGGCAUCUUCUAAGAGCAUCUGGACUUCAGGACCAUAUAAAGUUAUCGAAACAAAUCAAGAAAAACUACCUGUUGAAAAAUCAUUUUCUAGAUCCGCUCCCUCGAUUUCAUCAGUAGUCUCAGAACCAUUAGCUUCAAAUAUAUGGCAUGUUAAAGAGAUCGAUCAUACAUCUUCUUCCGGUAGCAAGCCAAGGUGUUCUAAGGAUAAAAAUGAGGUGGGAUAUGGCUGUGUUGACAGAAAUGCAGAUAAGGGUUAUGAUGCAAAGAGUGAGAUUUGGUGUGUUAAAGAGGUCGAUCAUAAAUCUUCUUCCUGUAGCAAGCCAAGGUGUACCAAGGAGAAAAAUGGGGUGGGAAAUAGCUUUGUUGACAGAAAGGCCAAUAAAGCCUCCGAUGCCAAGAUUGAGAUUCUAUCCCUUGUGAAGCUCAACUUGAAACUUCAAACCAAAGAUGAGAAAUUAGGAGCAUUGAGUCAAUAUUCUUUUGGAAUAUUGAAUUUGUAA